CCAUAGAAGAACUAAAUGUUCGAAAUGCUUUGAACUAACAAUGGCAAGUAAUAACCAUGAGCAGUAAUGGUGUCCAGAACCCGAUGGACUGGCGGAUUGUUUAUUCUUUUGGCAGCCCUAACAGCAACUGCCUUACAGGAUGCACCACCACGUACAAGAACAGUCCAUAGCCACAAAAACAUUGCAGACAAAAAAUCCCGCAAACGGCAGGAAAUUAUAUUUCUCCGAGAUGACCUAACACACAAGAGGAACCGGGAAGAAGAUAUUAUGGCAAACAUAGAAAAACAUGGAAAAAGUUUGACCGCCGAGGGCAAUGUCUUCAAAGGAAGUCCAACUACAUAUAAUUAUGACGAUUCCUCAGUUUAUCAAGGACCUGUACUGAAGGGGCAAUCUGUUAAGAAAUACAAUGGACCACCUGAAAUCCAAGAGAAUCAGAAGAAAAGCGAUGCUUACGAGGUUGUGUCCGAAAAUGGUGAUAGUAAAAACACUAACUCAGUCAGCGACGAAGGAGAUCAGGAAGAAAAAGUGGUGAAAGUGGGACAUCCCAAUGUCAGAGCACAUGGUAAUGACAGACAUUUAUCGCAUUUCAGAGGACAUCACAGAUCCGGACUUCACAUUGUUUCUCUAGAUGAUAACGAUGAAACUAAUGAUAAAGAUUAUGACGAAAAGAUAUUGCGAGAUAAAGAUUUGAGACUUUACGGUUCUAUUGGAUCGCCUUCUGUAGAGCAUGAAUCGCGCAGAAUGCAUCAUUCGAUUUAUCAUGAUGAUUUUCUUCCUCCAAAUGUUGUGUCGUUCUCCCAAGAUGAUUUCUCUGGCCCCCUGUUUAGAGGUGCUGGUCACUCCAUCGACGAAUUUUUCCCAAAUUUUAAAAGACGAGAUUCUUUAUUGUUUUCUCGACCUUCUCAAUUACGGAAAUCGGAGGAGAUAAUGCAGCAACAGUUUCUACCCGUGAACCCGAAAUCGGUAUCAUUUGGUGAACGACCGAAUAUGGUUUUGCUGCCAAUGUAUAGUGGUUAUACAGGUACAAGUCCCACGGUUGUUCCCUUCACCACUCAGGGAACAUUUCCCUCUUCUAUGUCUCAGCUAGGAUCUGCUCCCAUCGAAUAUUCGCCUUCAACGCCAACGGCAAAUUUUCGUAACGUUUUGGAGCCGGCCUUUCAGGUUCCUCAAGUCCAAACGCCGUCUGUCAACCCGUCGUAUAUUCUACCAUCGGAGCCGGAAGAACAGAUUUUGUUUAACAAUCAGCAGCCCGAUGUACGAUCGCUUUACUCUCUUCAGGCUCAGCCACAAAUGCAAAUUCCCCAGACCAGCUUUCCACAUUUGGACCAACCUCAACAACCAAUGAUUCCAAGUGAAAUGCAAGUGCCUUCUGCUAUUGUUUCCCCAGUUGGUCAACGAGAGAUCGGCCCAGCCCAUCGGUGGGUAGACGAAGACGGACGCCAACGCAGUGAGGUCUUGGAUCGUGACACGGAAGGACAGGACGAGAACAGGUCCCAUGAUGACAGAACCGAGGGUGAUGAGGAUGAGGAAGAUGAUGACAGACACCAAUAUAGCAGAUACUACGACAAAGGUUACGACCCCAGUCCAGACGAAGGUGAUGAUGACGGGGCUCAAGAGAACCUUUCAGAGGAAGAUUCCGAAGACGCAGAUGAAGGUGACGAGGAGACGUCUAACUACACCACUGACAAAAUUUAUGGGUCAAAAGAUACAGGGGACGAACGUGGUCCAGAUCCUGAACCUACUGAAGAAAACAACUUCGACGACGACGACGACGACGACGAAGACGAAGACCCAGAACCUCCCCGAGGCUUAUCGCCACAAGCAAGAAUGCGACCAACCAAUUAUAAUCCAAUGGCUCGUUUUAUGGCGUCAAGUCGCCCUUUUCCCAAAUUUCCUCUCCCUCUUAAUACGGAAACGUCAAAUCCUAUGGCUGCUCAAGCAUUUUCAAGGUAUCAGUUGAUGUCUCCUUCCUCUGCCCUCAAAGAGAAUAUCUUACCUAAACCUGUGGAGAACCAAAAACCCUCUCCAAACGUUCCCAAAGCUAAGUCAGACCUAAAAAUCUCUCAGAUGAGCCCUGCUGAAGCUCAGUUUUAUGAAAACAAGGUAGCAAUGGAACCAAACUUUACACCAGCUAUAGCUUCAAAAGACACCAUUCCUGGAAAAUCUCGUCACUUUCGAGUUGGGCUUGGUAAAGUGCUUAUCCGACUGAACGGUGAACCAUUGGAGGACUCCUCUCAAUUGCGAAGUAAAAUAGAAAACGGAGAGAUCAUACAAGGAAAAGGAAAACUCAUCAAAUCAAAAGGUCCAGUGCAAGUUAAACUUUCUCACACAAAGGAUUCAAAGCACUUGAAGAUAAUAGACAUCAUAGCUCCAAAACAGUUUCAGGUGUAUGAUACCAAAAGUAAGAUCAGAAGACCUGUUAAUUCCAGAUAAUCUAACGGUGAUCCAAUUUCUUUGCCAAGGAAAAUCCGAUAAACGUCUCGAGAUGUAAUGAAAAAUCUUAUUUAUCACCAAAUAAUAUACAAUGUAUGUAGUAUGAAAUAUGUACACAUCGCAGCCCAGUAACAAAACCCAAAGCUGAAUCUACUAUUCACUAUCCGUAAAGCAAUGCGAGCCAGCGCAACCUUUGUGCAACCGAUUUGAAACAGAGUAUCAACAAUUGAACGUGAAUGUGAAAAAAUGUAGUUUUUGACCAAGUCGUAUUAUUGCUUCACUUGUCAAUGUUCAUCCCUCUUCUGCAGUAUGCUCUGUUUGGUUCAAGGUGCAAUCUCUCACAAUUAAAGUUUUUCCCCCUUUUCUUAAUUACGUUAAUUGUAAACGUUAAGUGUGGUGUAGGAGUAUACCGUGCUCGAUAUUUUAAUUUCACAUCAUGUUAUGUUGUUAUGCUUUAAGCAAUUCGUGUUACGUUUGAAAGGGGUAGACAACCAGCGUAAAAGCAGUUGUAUGUAUGGUUAACUCUACGAAUUUUUGUCAUGAGAAACCAAGCUUUAUUAGUUUCACAAUAGCAUACCUUUGCAAACAAUUAGCAAGCGUUUUAAUCCAUCGAUUAUUUUUCAAAAGUUUCGCUUAUGCGCGUGAUUGGUUUCAAAGUAUCACAUGACUAACAAUACCCCAGCUAAAACUGGGGUUUAUGAUCCAACUGCUUAAAGUAGAGUUGGAUAACAAAGAGUACCAAUAACGCGUGAAUAGGGUACAAACAUCUUGCGAUAUUGUACUUGUACUGUACAUUAGUAUUUUAAUAAAACCUGUU